UCAAAAAAUGGCCGCCAUAUCUGAAGCGAUAAAAAAUUUAAAGUGCAAGCUUAAAUUUUGAUAUUGAAAAUGAUCAUAUAAUUUAUAAAGAUGCUAGCCACUCUUGCCAAUAAUUUGAAAUGUUACCUUAAGAUUCAAAAUAUUAAAUUUGAAGGUACGAGUACCUCAUAAAAAGUGCCAACAAAAAAUUUAUACACUUAAGUUGUCGUGAUAAUUGUUCUGGUAGAGCUAAGCUCUCAUUAAAGGACAUAAUAAUUACGAUAGAACACACAGCGAAGUGUAAAUAUAGCACCCAUCUUAGUCUUCCAUAACACAAUCACAAGAUUCUGUCAUUUUGCCUGAUAUCUUAAUUUCAUCCAAUGGUAUUCCACAUUUGGAACAACAAGUUUCUCCCAUAGUGCCUGACACAAAUCUAGAUUCCCCUCUUGACAUAGCCUAAGCCUUAUUAGACUUAAAUUCAAAUAUUUAUGAGGCUCGUUUUGUCAAAAGCCAAAAAUGGAAAAUGUUACUCUUCUUUUAGAACUAUAUAAAUAGAUUUCACUGUCAAAAUAGGGAUAUUAUAAAAUAUCGUUAUAGAGUAGCUGAUUGUCUAAGGCCAAAUGUAAUUUGAUGGUGCUUAUAUUGCUUCGGGUAUACAUGAUCAUCCUUUUGAAAUAGGGACAUUCGAGAUGCUUAAAACUAAAGAAGCACUCGAAAAUAUUGUAGCUCAGAAUCCCCUUGAGACACGCUUAAACAUAACAAACUAUGGAAAGAGAUGUUUGGAGGAUCCAGAAAUAGAAAACUAUUCUGAGGCGAUACCAUCAUUUAUAUCUUUGAAGAGUCACAUAGACAGACUCCUUAUGAAAUAUCGGCCCCCUAGGCCUCAUUCGAUUUUGGAUAUUGAGUUAUCAGCAGAAUAUGCUAUGACAACUCGCAAUGAACGUUUUCUAAUCCAUGGAACAGGUAACUUAUAUGUUUUUGGUACUGAUUCCAUGUUGCGUUUGACCGAGGGUUCUAACAUGAUCUACAUGGAUGGAACUUUUCAUAUAGCUCCUACAUUAUUUUAUCAACUUUAUACCUUGCAUGUUAUGUAUGGUGUUAUGAUACCUAUCAUUUACGCUCUCCUUCCGGACAAGACGAAAGAAACAUAUAUCCGGCUUUUUCAAAUUAUUACUAAUUUUUGCGCCGAACGCCAGAUAACCUUUAAUCCUCGAUUUGGCCAAACAGACUUUGAGGCAGCUUCUAUAUCAGCUCUCAAGUUUGUAUUUCCUGUGAUUAUAAAGGGAUGUUUUUUUCAUUAUUCGCAAGCGUUAUGGCGAAGAUGUCAAUCUUUAGGGUUGGUAAGCUUGUACCUGAACCACUCCAAUGUUCACAAAGUUGUUAGGCGCAUGACAACUUUGCCUUUUUGUAAGGAGGAAGAUAUAUCUAGGGUAAGACAUAAUUGUUAUAUUAUGGCGUCUGAAAAUCCCAUGCUCAUGGAUUUUAUGGAGUAUAUGGAUACGACAUGGCUAGGCCUUAAUGCCAUAUUUCCUCAUGGCAUAUGGACAAGAUAUAAAGUCGAUGGUCCCCGCACCAACAAUCAUCUAGAGGGGUUUCAUCAUGCCUUAAAGAGAAAAACGGCACACGCUCACCCAAAUGUUUACAUUCUUAUAAAAACUUUAAUAGGUCAUCAUUCUAACGACCUCAAAAUUAUCCAGAUCAAUAAUUAGAUCUAGAGUGCGGCGAAGAAAUAGAAAAUAUGAAAGAAUCGAUGAGCAUAUUACAAAUUUAACACAAAUGUAUGAAAGAACUUCUGAUAUUACAGAAUUUUUAGAUAAAAUAUCUUUUUUAGUAAAUUUUAAAUAUUAAAACUAUCAAUAAA